GAGCAUCAAGGAAAGAGAACAAUAAUCUUAAUUGGUAAUUCCCAACAAAAGGAAUUAAGACAGAUCAUCGGUGUAGUUCAAUUGGUAGAACAUCGGCCUCCAGAUCCGAGUGUUGUGGGUUCGAUUAAAGAUAUUAACGGUAAAGUGAUGAUCGACCAAAUCCAAUGUGUCGAUAAAGAAAGAAUUGGGGAUAAAAUCAAAAACUUGACCGUUGAGGAAAUGAAUAAAGUGGCUGAGAAAUUAAGGAAAAUUUUGUCUUUAAGAGAAUUAUUAAAAGCGAAAUUAUAA